AUGUAUGAUUCAUUUGAAGUAGGUGCUGUAGACCCAGUUACAGUAAUAAUCAAAGAAUGUAUCACUUUAUCUACUGCAAUGCGAAAGGAUCCUCGUAACGAUUCACAAUUAGGAGUUGCAGCUAUUCUGGGGGGUGGCUCAGAGAUAUUUAGUAAUGAUGAUGAUUAUUUGGCAAGUACUUUUAAUAAUUUAUCAAUAAAUCAUCACGAUAGUCCCCUUUUGUCAAAUUUCAUUCAAUUGAGAUUAAAACUAAAUAAACUUCAGACUCUAGAUGGAAUCGAUUCAUUAGCUAUUUUAAAACCUUUUUUAAAUGUUAUUAGUGAUAGUUCUGUUCCAGGCUAUAUUACGUCAAUUGCCUUGGACUCUUUACAAAAGUUUUAUUCAUUAGAAAUAAUUAAUAAUAAUAGUACAAACCACAUAUUAGCUUAUAGAGGUACUGUUAAUGCAUUGGCUCAUUGCCGAUUUGAAGGCUCAUCUGCCAUGUUUGAUGAUUCUGUUCUUUUAAAAGUUAUUAUUUUGCUUCACUCAAUUGUUAAUUCCCCUACAGGCGAUUUAUUAUCCGAUUCAAUUCUUUACGAAGUAUUGCAAAUUUUAAUGUCUUUAUCAUUUAAUAAGGAAAGAACCGACGUAUUAAGAAAGGCAGCUGAAACUUCAUUAAUAUCUAUGACUUCCAGAAUUUUUCGUAAAUUGAAUUCUAUUAAGCCUGCUUUAUCGAAACACAAAUAUAUUAAUGACGAAAGUUACAUUACAAGUGACUUGAAAGAUGAUAUAAUUGGUAGCCGUUCAAGGGGAUUGAAAAAUUCUAAACCAUUAAACCAUCCUAAUUCUCAUGAAUAUGAAGAGCUGCCUACUAAUACCAACAAUGGACUGUCCAAUGCAACAAUGAAUACAAGCUCCGAUAAAAAUACUAUCCAGGCUACAUCCACCCAUGAUACCAUGGAGCAAGACUCAGGCGAUGAUUCAGAUAUUGAAGGGAGAGAUACGCACGAGUCCAGCAAAUCCAAUCUUGCUAGCAUCAAUAGCUCACAACAAGAUCUCCAAGAGGAUGUUCUGGAAGAGAACUAUGGAUUACCUUUGAUUAACAAGUAUAUGAAUCUUUUAUUAUCAUUGAUAGCACCAGAGAAUCAUACAAAACAUACAAGCUCUACGAAGAUUAUCGCUUUAAAAUUAAUUGAUGUCGCCGUACAAGUAUCUGGAAAACGAUUCCUUUUACAUCCGAGACUUUUCAAUUUAAUAUCCGAUCCAAUAUUUAAAAGUGUAUUAUAUAUUAUACAAACCUCAUUCUACAUGGACCUGUUACAGUCUACGUUACAACUAUUUUCAACUCUAGUGGUUAUUCUUGGUGAUCAAUUGCAUAAACAAAUUGAAUUAACUUUAAAUACAAUUUUUGAAAUAUUACUAGAUGAGAAACCUGAUAUUUACAAAAACAAGAAAGCUAAUAACAACUCUCGUAGUAGCAUUAAUCUUAAUUCCGCACGAAAAUCUGUUUCAGAAUUAGAUCUACUUCACUCUAAAGAGAAAUUUAGUAAUACAAAUAGAGCAAAAAGAACUCCUAAAAUCAAAGAAUUGUUCAUUGAGCAGAUCUCAAUUCUUUGGACAAGAUCUAAAUCAUUUUUUACUCGAGCAUUCAUUAAUUAUGAUUGCACACUUGACAGGUCAGAUAUUUCAAUUAAAUUUCUCCAUAUUCUAACCGAACUUGCAUUACCUGAAAGUGCUAUGAUUACAAGCGAAAAUGUUCCACCGAUGUGUCUAGAAGGUCUAAUCUCAUUAAUCGAUGAUAUGUAUGCGAAUUUAAUCGAUUUAGAUAAUGAGAAAUUCAAGAAAAUGAAAAUAGAUGAAGUGACUGAUAUUUUAAAACAACGCGAAAGAAAAAAGAAGUUUAUCGAAUGCACUAGUGCUUUUAAUGCCAAAUGGAAGGUUGGAAUAUCUAAAUUAAUUGAAAAUAAAUUUAUAGAAAGUGACAAAAAUGAAGAUAUUUCGAGAUUUUUAUUUGAAAAUAAUGAGCGAUUAAAUAAAAAGAUGAUUGGUUUAGUUCUAUGUGAUCCAAAUAAUACUGAAUUAUUAGAAAAAUUUAAUGAUUUGUUCGAUUUUAGAAGCCUAAGAGUAGAUGAAGCUAUUAGAGUUCUUCUAACCAAAUUUAGAUUACCAGGUGAAUCACAACAAAUUGAACGUAUUAUUGAAGCAUUUUCAAAAAAGUUUUCCAAAGAUGUGGAAUGUGUGACAACUGACGAUGAAUCCAAUAUUAGUGACAACCAAUGUCUAUCUCCUAAUAAAAAACAAAAUUCAAAAAGGGAGAAGGUUGUCCCAGACCAAGACAGUGUCUUUGUUCUAAGUUAUUCUAUCAUUAUGUUGAACACCGAUCUCCAUAACCCUCAAGUUAAAGAGCAUAUGACGUUUGAUGAGUACUCUAGCAAUCUUAAAGGAUGCUAUAAUGGUAAUUCUGAUUUUCCCGUUUGGUACCUGCAAAGAAUAUAUAGUUCCAUUGAGGAUAAGGAAAUUGUUAUGCCUGAGGAACACCAUGGUAAUGAAAAAUGGUUUGAAGAUGCCUGGAAUAAUUUAAUCUCUUCCACCACUGUAAUCACUGAGCUAAAUAAUGAAAGUACACGCAUUGACUUAAACCGAUUGAAUAGAUUUCAAAUAGCAUUAUUUGAUAAAGUAAUUUUUGAAAAUAAUGGGAAGGCUAUUGUCGAUACCUUAAUAAAAAUUUAUGACAUAGCUAGUGAUGAUCAUAUUUCAAGCCGUAUGAUCAGUACUCUAGAUAAAUGCUGCAUUAUUGCAUCAUUCUUCGGAUAUAAUGAUAUAUUUAAUUAUAUCGUACAAUAUAUUGCAGAAUGCUCUGAUAUUGUAGAUAGCAGAAACUCACAGCGCAAUAGAAAUUCAUCCGAAAGUAAAAAUGAUGACAAACUCUCUAAUAGAGAAAAUAAUGCAGUCCAUCAUAAUAGUUACACUAAUUAUGAGCCAGUUAAUACGCGUAUACCAGUAAUGGAAAUUAAUGUUGAGAGCAAUAAUUCAAUCAUUGCGGUAAGCAGUACGAGCGUUAAGUUAGGGAUGCGUUUUAAGAAUCAAUUGUGUCUUGUUAUGUUAUUUCGAAUAUUAUCGACUAAUAAAAUAGGGAAUAUAUUAUCAGAUGAUUCAUGGACCAAAAUUAUUGAUAUAAUUUUGACUCUAUAUGAAAAUUUAUUAUUGAAGGAUGAUAGAAUAGGAAUAAUAGUUAAACCUGAAUUAGUAGUUAACAAAGCUAAGGUCAAUCGUGGUAUUCUAAGUACUUUUGCUUCUUAUCUAAAAGGUGACGAAGAACCAAAUGACGAACAAAUUGGAUAUAGUUUAAAAGGUAUCGAUUGCAUUAAUAAAUGUUCAAUACUUGACGCAACUACUAAGAAUCGUACAUAUAUUAAUAAAGAAAACAUCGAAAAGAUAUUAACUUGCAUAGAUGAUUCAUGGGAAGUCACUCACACCAAUAAAAGGUAUUUAGAAAGUGAAAUACUAUAUUUAUUCCAGUUGGUAAUUGAUAUGAAUGACCAUUUACAGAAUCAAGAAGAAUCAUGUAACAUAUUAAAGAAGAUAAAAUUGUUUACAGAUAAGAAUUCAGUGAGCGAGGAGUUUAAAAGAGAAUGCAACUCAUAUACAUUAAGAUUAUUGACCGGGGUAAAUAACGAUACUGCACUUGAAAGAGUGGGUGAAAUUAUUAUGGACAUUAAUACGAAGAAUGAGAUUUAUACUGCAGAAUAUUUUAAAUCUCGUAGUGGUGUUAGCUUCAUCCAAGAAGGCCUAUUAAUGAUCGACUUUGACAUUAUUAAUAAUAACGAACUGUAUUGGAAAAUUUUACGUCAAAUAGUUAUUAUUGGAACAGAGCAUAUGGAUAUGAUUUACAAAUUUUUAUAUAAUGUUCUAGAGACAAACUCUACUAAAAUUUGCAGCAGUACAAAUUUCAUGAGCGUUCUUGGCAUUAUGGAUGAAAUUUCAUCCAUUGGUGCUAUUGGUAGUCAAUGGGAACAAACAUAUGCAAAUUUAAUUACCAGUGGUCAUAAAGUCAACCAAGAAAACCCAUAUCAAGAUAAAAUAGAUAUUAGCAAUCACUGCGUGGAACUAACAUAUAGUAUUUUAUUGAAGAAUGUAACUAUGAGCAAGAAUGAAAUCAUUGGUAUUAUCCAAGCGUUAGCUCAUCAGUGUUUAAAUCCAUGCAAUCAAAUAAAUAAUAAAGCAUUGAUACUUCUUGAAAAGAGUAUCAAAAUUGAGAUUGAUCGGAUGGAGAUACAACAGGACGGCAUGAAAAUGAUUGAACUAAUUGACGGUGGGUUAAUGCCAUUAUUAAUGGAACAAUACAAUGAAUACACGGUAAACAUCUUGAAUAUCCUCAAGAAUGUUUAUCUAUAUUAUCAAAAGCUGUCAGAAACAUCCACUACUGAUCAAGAAAAUGUGUUCAUAAAAGUAAUGUCCAUUUUUAACAAAUUUACCGCUAAACCUCCUGCCGAGAAAGUUCUGCAAGAAAUGUUGGAGGCUAAGAAAAUGAUUUCUGCCGAGAGAGUUCAACCCGAGUCAGGUUAA